AUGGCUCAUACCAACGGACACACGACCAACGCCAGAUCCAAGGCCUUUCCUCACGGCUACUCGAGCCGACUGAAUGACGAAGUGACUCGUCUGGACGUCUGGAGCGUCUUCUCGCCCGCUUCGGGCUAUGUGCCCAAGGAAUCCAUCAAUCUCGGUCAGGGCUUCAUGAACUGGGCGCCGCCAAAGUACGUCAGGCAAGCGUUCGACGAUGCCCUAGAGACCGUCGAACCGAACCAUUACUCAAUUCCACGAGGGCGGAUCCGUCUACGCCAGGCACUCGCAGAGACGUACGGCACUUCGCUCGGCUUCCAAGACGGCGGCAAGCUUGACCCGAACACAGACAUUCUCGUCACCGCGGGCGCCAACGGAGCCAUCUAUGCCUUCUUCACUGCCUUUCUCGAACCAGACGGUGUAGAUGAAGUCAUCGUCUUCUCGCCUCACUUUGAUCAAUACGUCUCCAACAUCAAAUUCAACGGCGGCAAGCCCGUCUAUGUCCCCUUGCAACCACCCAAAGCAUCCUCUUCAGACAUUGUCAGCAAGAGCUCAGACUGGACAGUCGAUUUUGAUGAGCUCCAAAAGGCUAUCUCGCCCAACACGAGAGCCAUCAUACUCAAUACGCCCCACAACCCCGUCGGCAAGGUCUUUACGCGUGAGGAGAUCAGCAAGAUUGGCGCGCUGGCCAAGAAGCACGACUUUCUCAUCCUCUCUGAUGAAGUCUACGACUGCCUGGCGUAUGCACCCGCUCAGCACAUUCGUGUCGCCUCAGUCGACGGAUUGGCUGACCGUACCGUCACGCUCGGGUCGGCCGGCAAGUCCUUUGCUUGCACAGGCUGGCGAAUAGGUUGGGCGGUCGGCAAAUCAGACCUGAUCAGACCCAUGGUCGCCGCCACCACGCGUAUCGUCUUUUGCGUCAGCUCUCCGGCUCAGGAGGCCGUCGCAACCGGUCUCGAAAAGGCUGCAGAUCACGACUUUUUCCCCACCCAGCUCAGAGAGUACCAAGAGCGGCUCAGUGUUGUCAGGAAAGGGCUCGAUGCGCUCGGCCUGCCCUAUACUGUGCCCGAAGGGGGAUACUUUGCACUCGUAGACAUCCAGCGGCUGCAAUGGCCAGCGGACUUUGAGAUACCCGACAUGAUCAAGGACAGGCCAAGAGACUGGCACGCCGCUUGGUUCAUUGCUCAGACGGCUCUCGUCGUCUCCAUCCCGCCGACUGACUUCUAUGCGCCUCAGCAUUACCAUCUCGGUGAAAAGUACAUCCGACUGUCGUUUGCAAAGGACCUCGACACGCUCAGAGAUGCAGGCAAGAGGUUGCAGAAGCUCAAGCCGUUUAUUCAGUAG